AUCAUGUCUGGUAGAGGUAAAGGCGGUAAGGGACUCGGCAAAGGGGGCGCAAAGCGUCAUCGUAAGGUCCUUCGCGAUAACAUCCAGGGAAUCACUAAGCCGGCUAUUCGCCGUCUGGCUCGCCGUGGCGGUGUUAAGCGUAUUUCCAGCCUGAUUUACGAAGAGACUCGCGGUGUGCUGAAAGUCUUCUUGGAGAACGUCAUCCGCGACGCCGUCACCUACACCGAGCACGCCAAAGGAAAGACCGUCACCGCCAUGGAUGUGGUGUACGCUCUGAAACGCCAGGGACGCACUCUGUACGGCUUCGGCGGAUAAACGUUCAACACCCAACCACGUCAACACAACGGCUCUUUUAAGAGACA